GGAGAGGCGCGCGCCGGUGACGUCAGUUCGUGCCGGACUCCGCUGGGGGAGGUGUCGCGUCGCGCGCUGAAGGCGUCGCCAUGGAGCCGAGGGCGGGUGUUUCCAAACAGGACAUUCGUGAGCAGAUUUGGGACUACAUGGAGUCACAAAAUUUAGCUGAUUUUCCCCGUCCUGUUCAUCACAGGAUUCCCAACUUCAAGGGUGCUUCUCGGGCCGCUGAGCAUUUCCCACGUUUGCAGGCGUUCCAAAUGGCCAGAACCGUUAAAGUCAACCCUGACGCUCCCCAGAAAAAUGCCCGCUUCUUCGUCCUCGACAGCAAAAAAACGUUGUUGGUUCCAACACCACGACUGAGAACAGGGUUGUUUAAUAAGAUCACACCACCCCCCGGGGCAACUAAAGACAUCUUGAGAAAAUGUGCCACCUCGCAGGGUGUGAGGAACUACAGCACUCCCGUGGGCUUGGAUUCCAGGGUCCUUGUGGACUUAGUUGUGGUGGGAUCCGUGGCUGUUUCUGAAAAAGGCUGGAGAAUUGGGAAGGGAGAAGGCUAUGCCGACCUUGAAUACGCCAUGAUGGUGUCCAUGGGAGCGGUCAGCCCGGCGACGCCAGUGGUCACCAUCGUCCACGACUGCCAGGUUGUCGACAUACCUGAAACACUCCUUGAGGAUCACGACCUCACUGUGGAUUAUAUUCUCACUCCAACUCGCGUCAUCACCACAGGGUGUGAGCGCCCCAAGCCAGCAGGAAUCGCGUGGUCCAAGAGACGUGAGACCAGUUUUGCCCCAGGCCAAGCCCCCAGUGCACCUGCCCCACCGGCUGAAGCAGUGGGUGUCCUGUUCAGGCUCCACCUCAAGUACGAGGGCUCUCCUGUCGCCUCCAUUGCUAUCAGCUCUGAGAUGUUGGGGAGAAUGCCAGUCCUCAGAAGCCUGCGCUGCCGAGAGGAGCAGGCGGGGAAGGACGUCACGCUGUGGGAUGAGCACCGGACCCUUCUGGGUGCCCAGGCUGCCCUGAGCACCGGCAGAAGCCCGCGGGACCCGCCCCCACUGGAAUCGGGCUCCAUGAAGGGGGAGGAUGUGCCUUCCAACACUGCUUACGUUGGGAACCUCCCCCGGGACGCCCGGCUUUGCCUGCGGAUGCGAGGAGACUCCUGCCAAACAUGCAGUGACACCAUCUCCAGAAACUCACUUGCACUGCUGCAUGGCGAGCGCUAGGCCCUGGGGCUGCACUGUGUCUGCUGACGGUUCCUGUGCUGCAGACAAGUCGUGGAGCCUCUCCGGGCAUUAGCAUCCUCAUCUUUACAAAGAGAGGGUUGAGCGUGUUGGUUUCUAAGGCCUGACCAGUUCUAAUGUUCUGUUUCUUUUGAGGCUCACUGCUCACCAUCAUGUAGAUCAUGUAGAUUGUUUUCUGUGUAUAAAAGUAAACAUCCAUUCUGGAAAUUUGGGGAUAUUAGAUGCACAAAGUGUGUCACCCCUCACCCCAACACGUAAGCAGCCUUGACACUGCCUCUUAUUUACUUCCAGUCUUUCCUCUGUGCAGUUUUAAAGCAUAGCUAGGAUUAACAACACAGGCUUCAGAAUCACACAGGUUUGGCCAAGAGCUUCAGUAUUGCUGCUGCCUGGUACCUCCUGUCUGAACUUCCACCUGCUCAUCUGUGAAUGGGCAGGGCCUCCUCUAGAUUUCUUGUUUUGAAGGGUGAAUAAAACAGCUUGGAUUUCUAAGCCAUACCACACGUAAAAAUGAAUUCCAGGCUAAUGAAAUAUCUAAACAUAAAAAUAAACGUAAAGGGAGCUUCCUCCACAAGAGGGCAGAGAGCAGGAUCAGACAGUAUCAGCAGUAUUUCGUCUUGUGGAACUGAAAACCACAGCCACAGAAAGGUAGAGAAAAUAAAAAAGCAGAGGACUUCGUACCAGAUGAAGGGACAGGAUAAAACCCCAGAAAAACAACUAAAUGAGAUAGGCACCCUUACAGAAAAAGAAUUCAGAAUAAUGAUGGUGAAGAUGACCCAGGACUUUGAAAAAAGACUGGAUGCAAAGAUCGAAAAGUUUACCAAAGACCUAGAAGAAAAUUAAAGAGCAAACAGAGAUGCAACACAGUAACGGAAAUGAAAAAUACACUAGAAGGAACCAAUAGCAGAUUAACAGAGGCAGAAGGGCGAAUGAGUGACCUGGAAGACAGAAUGGUGAAAAUCACUGAUGCAGAAAAGAAUAAGGAAAAAAGAAUGAAAAGAACUGAAGACAGCCUAAGAGACCUCUGGGACAAUGUUAAAUGUGCCAACAUUUGCAUUAUAGGGAUCCCAGAAGGAGAAGAGAAAGGACCCGAGAAAAUAUUGGAAGAUAUUAUAGUUGAAAACUUCCCUAACAUGGGAAAGGAAACAGCUACCCACGUCCAGGAAGCGCAGAGAGUCCCAGGCAAGAGAAACCCAAGGAGAAACACGCCAAGACUUAUAGUAGUCAAAUGGACAAAAAUUAAAGACAGAGAAAUGUUAUUAAAAGCAACGGGGGAAAAACAACAAAUAACAUAUGAGGGAACUCCCGUAAGGCUGACAGCUGAUUUCUUGGCAGAAACUCUGCAAGCCAGAAGGGAGUGGCACAAUAUAUUUAAAGUGAUGAAAGGGAAGAACCUACAACCAAGAAUACUCUACCCAGCAAGGAUCUCAUUCAGAUUCGAGGAAGAAAUCAAAAGCUUUACAGACAAGCAACAACUAAGAGAAUUCAACACCACCAAACCAGCCCUACAACAAAUGCUAAAGGAACUUCUCUAAGCAGGAAACAUAAGAGAAGCAAAGGACCUACAAAAACAAAACAAUUAAGAAAAUGGUAAUAGGAACAUACAUAUCAAGAAUUACCUUGAAUGUAAAUGGACUAAAUGCACCAACCAAAAGACACAGACUGACUGAAUGGAUACAAAAACAAGAUCCAUAUAUAUGCUGUCUACGAGAGACACACUUCAGACCUAGGGACACAUACAGACUGAAAGUGAGGGGAUGGAAAAAGAUAUUCCAUGCAAGUGGAAAUCAAAAGAAAGCUGAAGUAGCAAUAGUCACAUCAGAUAAAAUAGACUUUAAAAUAAAAAAUAUUACAAGAGACAAGAAAGGACAUUACAUAAAGAUUGAAGGAUCCAUCCAAGAAGAGGAGAUAACAAUUACAAAUAUAUAUGCACCUAAUAUAGGAGCACCUCAAUACAUAAGGCAAAUGCUAGCAACUAUGAAGGAGGAAAUGCAAGGCAGAAAUAGAGACACAGAUGGAGAGAACAAACACAUGGACACCAAGUGGGGAAAGCAGGGAGGGUUGGGGGGGAAUGAAAUGGGAGAUUGGGAUACCAAAUUGUGCACUCGAAAUAUAUGCUGUUUAUUGUCUGUUAACUGUAUCUCAAUAAAAGUUCUUAAAAAAAAAAAAGUAUGUACAUCAGUACAAACUAAAACUACAAUGAGAAAAAAUAAACGUAAAGG